GUUCAAUCCGACAGUUUUCGAAUCAAUAUUUUCAACUGUUCUUCGAAAAUAUCACCAUUAUUCCGAAGUUUAUCUCCAUAUACUUUAAAACUAACCACUUAUAAAUACUGAUCAAAAACACAUACAUAGAGAAAUGCCUAAAACAAAAGAUCUGCUGGAUUCAGAGUCUGAUAAUGAAAAUUCAAAAAACGAUACUGAUUCUGAAAGUGAAGAAGGUGAUUAUGUUGUUGAAAAAGUUCUUGAUAAAAGAAUCACAAAGAGCGGCAAGACUGUCAAAAAGAAGUCAUCAAAUAUUAUUGGAAAGAAACGUCGAGUCAGUGAAAACCUCGAUGAAGAAUCAUUUAUAACCAUAAGAAAACCCGAAGUUUCUAGUAAAGAUUCUGCUAAGAAACGUAAGCGUUCUGAGAGUUUGGAAGAGUCAAAGCCAAAAAAUAAACAUUCUAAUGAGGAAACAACACAACAACGCAAGGAAACUAAUGAAUCAACUAAGCACUCCAAUGAGGAAAUCGAAAAAGUUUUAAAGGAAAAGGAAAAUUCCUCACCAUUUGAUAGAGGAUUAGAGCCUGAAAAAAUCAUGGGAGCAACUGAAAUCAAUGGAGGAUUAGCAUUUCUUGUUCAAUGGAAAAACAGUACAAAAGCCAUGUUAAUUCCUUCAAAACUUGCUAGACAAAAGUGUCCCCAGCUUGUUAUUGAUUUCUACGAACAACGACUUUCUUGGCAUACAGAAUCCACAGAAAAAGUGAAUCAAGUUUAAGUGCAGAUCGUAGAAUUUCAGUAUCCUUUUCUUAAAUACUUUCUUCAUUAAUUAAUAAUUCAUAGCUUAAGUUGAUUUGAGUUGAAGAGCAGAAGCAAAUUCUUAAGAUCCUUAUUUUUUUUAUCAACAAAGUGAAUGCUUUUAGUUUUCAGACCAAUAGUUUCCUUUAGAAUUAUCAUACAGAUCUUCUAAAUUUUAAAAUGCUUUAAGAAAUUUCAUUAUUAGAGCUCCUUCAGACCAGAAUAUCAUUUGUAGGCUCGUAUUGAAUAAAACUUUUUUUUCAACUAUGAAAUUGUUUCAUUUAAUAUAAUAAAUAUAAUAAUAAUAAGAGGAAUACAAUCAUUUGUAUUAUGAGAUUUC